AAAUAUCUGAAUAAUUCCUCUUAGGAACAAAAUGGUUAUAAUCAGCUCCACAAUUUGAGACAAAAAGGGAAAGAUCAUAGUUGCCAGGCAAUACAUUGACAUCUCAAAGCUCAAGAUGGAAGAGUAUAUUCGAACUUUUCCAAAGCUCAUAGAGGCUGGAUCUCAAUGUACGCACAUCGAGACUGAAGAUGUGAGAUAUGUCUACCUUCCAAUAGAUGACCUGUACCUAGUACUUAUUACUAAUAAGAACUCGAAUAUCAUUGAGGACACUGAGAUAAUCCGGCAGCUACAUAAAAUAAUCCUGAAAAUAUGAAAUAAGGGGGUGAAUGCUAAGCAAAUAUCCAACAAAGCGUUCGACCUUAUCCUGUCAUUUGAUGACCUGAUCACAGUCAACGGCUACAGAGACUCUGUCACGAUGUCUCAGAUGGAAGCCUACCUAGAGAUGGACAGUACUGAUGAAAAGAUGCACAUGAAAAUGAGAAAGAUUAGAGAGAAAGAAGCAAAGGACAUUGCUAAUAAGAAACAUAAGGAAAUCAGCCAGAAGAGCAAGCUCGAUGCUAAGGCAAAGAAGGAUCAUGAUGCCAUUGACUCCUUUGAUACUCCUGAUCCUGAACCUCAGAAGAAAGUCUCUAAACUAGAAUCAAAGAGAUCACCUUUCGGAGAGACAAAAUCUUCUAGCAAAGGAAUGCAAUUGGGCAAGCCAAAGCAAAUGGCCACUAAAAUGGGGAAAGGAUUUGGAUUUGAUGAAGAUAAGUCAAGCUUCUUCACUAAGAAAGAGGAGGAAGAGGAUAAGGAGCCAGAACCAGAAGUAGCAAACACCAAGGUGAACCUCACUGUCACAGAAUCUGUCAACUGCGAGGUUAACAAGUUCAGUGAAGUCUGUAAGUUCAUCAUUAAGGGAGAGACUACUUUUGAUAUUCCUGAGGAUGGUGAAAAGGUCACCCAGUUUGACUUUGGAACUCCUAAACCAGAAUAUUUUAAGCAAUUCAAGAUCCACCCAGAAAUAGACAAAGAAGAGUUUAAAAAUAAUGGAUUAAUCGCUGCUUCUGACAAAGAGACUGGUUUCGCUCCAGGCUCUAGUAUUGGAGCAUUCAGGUAUAAGAUCACAGACGAAGUCGAAUGCUCUCUACCUUUCGAGAUAAGUAUUUUUGCUACAAAAGCAGCAGGAGGGAAACAGAAGAUCAGCCUUGAGCUAGAAUACACCGAGGAUGCUGAUAAUGAGAGGAGUUCUGAAUGACAAUUCAAGCUCAAAUCUGGAUAG